AUGUAGCCGGUGUCUCUCAUCUUAAACGACAUGGUAAACUUUACAACAAAACAAAACAAACAACGCCCCUUGGACACUUAGGCACAAUAUUCUUGUAAAGAUGAAUAAUGCUUCUUAGUUGUUAAGCUGUGAGAAAUCUACACAACAUCAUUUUACUCACCAAAAGGGAAAACAAAUCAUUAAAAACAAACCCAUUUUCUUAAUGUCGCUAGUGUUGAAUGUUGUUUCAGUACACAGUUUUUGUGCGUGCAGACGGGUCAUCAGGCAAUGUUAGGAAUUUUUUAAAAUGUAGGCGUUUUAAUACAGCUGUGGACACAAUUAAAAUUCAUUAGGAGGCGGGCUUCUGACCCUGCCUACCAAGACGAAUCCGGGCUGAGAGGGAUACAACAUCCCAUCCCAGCAGAAAGACCGAGAUUCUCGAUAACUAUUCUCCUCUCUAGGGAAUUGAACUUGGAUAUCAUGUGUGGGAUAACUGCCCGGCUAACCGCUACACCAUAGACAUGUUAGGUAUUGACGUUAAGAAAUGUAGCUAGUUCAUAAAUUCGUAUCUACAUAGUAUUUAGAAGUAUUGAUGUGUCUUUCUGAUUUAUCAUGAAAUGCAAACAAAGGCCCUUACUCUUUUUUUAAAAUCUCGUCUAUUUUUUGUUUCAUUUACUCAGACAUUUUUUUUUCGUUCACCCAUUUCAUAUUUUAUCUUGUUACAACAAUUUUCUCAUUUUGCUUCCAAUCAUUUCUCUAAUCUUGAUUUCUCCUUUCUCUUCUAUUCCAGAUGGAACUUCUGGCCGACAGAGGCAACUGGGAGGUGAUCGUAGCGGGGAGAGUUCGACAACCGAAGGUGAAAAGGGUUCUGAAGAAGUUCUUGUUGUUUGAGGAUGACGACGAUACCUCGAGGAUGUGGAAACGGUCCUCCUUUGAACACGAGCUAUCCUUCUUGCAAUCCCUGGAGCACCAUAACAUCGUCAGGGUGUUGGCUGCUUUUCAGUGCCCGUCCUAUUUGGGCUUUGCGAUGGGGUAUCAUCCCACGGAUCUUUCCCAUGGACUGCUUGACGUGACCUACUUCGAGGCGGAAUCCUACACAAGUCAGCUCACGGACGUCAUGUGCUACUUGCACGGUCAGCGCAUCAUCCACGGAGAUCUCAAGCUAGGGAACGUUCUCCUAGACAGAGCCGGCAGGGUCAAACUCUGUGACUUCGGUCACUCUCAGGUCAUUCCCGAGGAUACAGACAAGCCCGACGGGUGGGGAGGCACCAACGGUUAUCAGCCACCAGAGUUAUACGACAGCCAAGUUCACAACGCCUUCAAGAUGGACAACUACUCCCUGGGCAUCUUGCUGUGGGCUUUGUUCUUCGGGACUGCUCCUCGCGACAACAUUGACUAUCUGAAAGAAGUGGACAACGGUUCGUUUCUCAAGCCACAACAUAAGCACUGUCUUCAGCGGCUUCUGGCUCUAUCCCCGACACACCGAGCAUACAUUUGGGAGAUUGCUAGGAUUCUCAAGGACGAGGACACAUCAGAACGUUAUGUGAGUAAGGGCUCUGUGUGUUCUCUGAGCUCCGAGAGUUCUUCGGACUCUGCUCAAGCGAAUCAGUCAUCUCCAGACAACGGUUCUUCUGUAACGGAACGUCCAGAGAGUGCGGCCGUGUGGAACCAGUUCCUUGCCCCACCACCCCCACACCCCCAGGCCACAUCCUGCUACCUUCUUCCUCAAACGGCAUAUCCUGACAGUGGAGACGUCCCAGCCAGCCUGGCUCCGACUUGGCCGCCUCUCCACCAAGACCUUUGA